GUGGGCUACAUCAGUCCAUUUGUCAAUCAAAAAUAGUCUUACACCAUUUGCUGUCAUUUUGUGUGGAAUUCAAUGCACGCGCCAAAGUACAAAAGAGCAGCGGAACCUCACAACUUCCUUAUUCAUUCAUUCCUACCGGUGAGAUAUCAAAGUGUUACAGACAAUAGUGACUUCGUAAUUAGCACAAGCUAUUGGGAAGAAAAAAAAUGCAGUUCUUCAGGGGACUCACAAGGAAGAAGCAAUCAUCAUCCUCUACCUCUGCUGAAAGCCGGAAGAAAGAGCAUGAUUGUUAUUUAAAGAAUGGAAGUUCCCUGCUAGAGGAGCUUCUUGCUUUAUGUAACGGAAAUUGCCGAAUUCCCAUCCGUUACUUCACUGCCAUAGAGAUCGAGAAUGCAAUAAAACACUCUGAAAUCAAAUUGGAGAUCCCCGAUGGACAUGUGGUUGCGGGAUCACUGGACAAACGCCUCGUUUUCGUUAGGUUUUUCCCUCCUUAUUUUAGGAAUCACUUUAAUAUUUUUCGAGAUAUAGCAAUUACUGCUCAGAGCCAUCUCAAAAAUGUGCUGAGACUUGUGGGUUGCUGUUUAGAGUUUGAAGAACCAGUUAUGGUUUACGAAUAUAUUGAAGGUAUUUCUCUUAGCCAUCUACUUUUCAAAAAGGCUAAUUGUGAUGAUCAAACUAGAAAAUCACUAUCUUGGGGAAAUCGAUUACGAGUUGCCAAUGAGGUCGCUUCUACAAUCGUCUUUCUCCAUACUGAAUUUACAACGCCCAUCAUCUACAAAGAUUUGAAACCAUCGAAUGUGAUUAUAGAUCAGAAUAGAGGUGUCGCCAAACUACUAAACUUCUCAUUAUCCGUAUCAUUGCCUCCAGGAGAAUUGCAAGUAGUAAAAGAUGUAACUUGCGGAACGUACGGAUAUUUACCUCCAGAAUAUGUGGUGUCGGGUAUUGUUACUCAAAAUACAGACGUCUAUAGCUUCGGAGUUGUUCUACUUCAGCUAUUAACCGGAACGAAUACAGGGACUCUAAAUAUAAAGGAUCGCGAUUACAUAGUGAAUCCUACAAUUUCAGAUUUUGAGAUGAUAGACAUUGAAGAUAUACAUGCAAUGGACAUAGCAGAUUCAGUCAUUUUGGAAGAGCAUGGGAUUGAGAUUCGACAACAAUUGGAAGAUUGUUGGGAUCUUGUUAAGAAAUGCACAAAGUCAAAGGGAGAAGAGAGACCUUCCAUGAUUGAAGUUGCAAAGGAAUUACGCCGAAUUCACAACUGCUUCCGUGCCCUCACUCUUGGCCAGAAUUAGUUACAUCAGAAAUAAUUAGCUCGACUUUACUUGUAUAUGCACUCUGUGUGCAAGGUGAUAAAAGUAAUUGUAAGCUUCCAUGGAUGAAGCUUUAAAUCUAAGCUAUUCGAGAGAGAGGAAAUUGAGGGAAGAAGACAAUAUGAAAAUAUCUAAUUCUUCAUUCAUACAA